UCCUGAAUCCAAGCCGUUCUAGUUGUCAUCAACGCAUAUUUAUGUACAAUGAAUCUAUAACUUUUAGUUUAUGCUAGUUAGUGGACUGUUAUGUCAAAAUCUUCCGAAAUAUAAGGCAUUCUCGUUUGUUUAGUUUAUACACCUGGAAGGAUAAAACAGUGUAACAGCUAAAUGGUUCCUUCCAACACGAUAACGUUCCCUGAGUUUGUUAUUUUAAUUUUUUGAAAAUAUGAAUUUCGUUUGAGACAACUUUGCAGGUUCUAUUUAUUCAAAUAUGCAAUACAAAUUAAUCACAUUAAUGAAUUCGUUCUGUGUAGACGCAAAAAAAUAGUGAAUAGUAUUCAGAAAGCGACAGUGACUUCAACUCAGAAAUACUCUACCGGGUGCCUAAAAGUUGGCAGCUAUUGCUAGGAUGAACUUAAUCGUAAUACUUUUUUUGAUGCCAUAUCUAAAUACGGGAUAACAUAACGUAUAUCAGACGAACUGUGUUUGUAUUUCUUCACUUGGAACCACUGCCCUGUUUGUCCUUUGUCUUUACACGGACGGUUUACGCGUCCAACGUUGGUGAAGUCGUUGAAACGUGCUAUUAACGUUUUAACAAGCAGAGAAAUAAACGGCGACGACAUCAGCGCUCUGCUCGUAACUGCGCACCCGGAUGAUGAAUGUAUGUUCUUCGCGCCAACGAUCAUACGACUGGUUGAAUUAAAAGCCAACGUUCAUUUGCUGUGUUUAUCUGAAGGAAACUACUACAAUCAAGGAGCACAGCGCAGACAAGAACUUCUCAACAGCUGUGCCGUGUUGGGGAUACCAGACUGCAGAAUCACCAUAGUGGACCAUAAAAAACUUCCAGAUGAUCCCAAAGCAGAAUGGAGCGUCUCACUGGUCUCCUCUGUAAUUGUGCACCACAUGAGAGCUCACUCCUUCAACAUGGUGCUGACCUUCGAUGAGAGCGGCGUGAGCAGCCAUGCCAAUCACACGGCCAUCCAUAAAGCUCUCCGCCAUCUCGCUUUCUCCGGACAAGUCCCCAAUGGUAGACGUUGGACAGAGAGAGAGAAGACAACAGGCUACAGAAGACUCGGGUUAUGGACCGCACCCGCAUUAAAGUUUGAGAUGACAGCACGAAAAGAAACAGGCACAGCAGGCCGGAGCGACUGCUGUUUGCUCUCCCUGGUGACCGUUGGCCCCCUCAGGAAGUACAUCUCCUUCCUGGAGCUUCCCUUCAGCUGGCUGCAGCCCGCAUGCCUGCGCUGCAUUAUAGGCUCACAGGGCUACAGGCGAGCCAAAGACGCCAUGUUCUGUCACCGGUCUCAACUCCUGUGGUUCCGUUACCUCUACAUCACCUUCUCUCGCUACAUGUUCGUCAACACGUUCCAAACUAUUCCACAAGGACCAAAGAACCUGAAGAUGUAUUGAGUUUUCACCACGUUACUGCAGGUGUUCUGCUCCUUGAUUACUGUGCAAGGAGUACAAGUAGCCUGAAUAUCUUUUGUGAAGCACUUUCCGUAAACCAACGCUGACCCAAAUCAAUCAAUCAAAAAAAAUGAUUUUGCGUUUAUUGCUACAGAAACGUCUUUAAUGUCUUUACACUGUAUAGAAACAACUCCAGGGCUUGAAUGAGUUAAGGCUUUUUUUUUACAAUAUGUUAAAAAUACUCUAAAGCAUUUCUGUUGAUUCAUAAAAAAGGAUUGAUUCUCCCA